GUUAAAAGUACCUUACCUAGGUAUUCAAUAAUACAGGGAAGACUCUGGCUUCGCGCAGGUGUUUUAUUCUCUUCAGAAAACUCCACAAAAUCAUGGACCGGUCGAGUGAGCUGCGUCCUUCGAAGCGGGCCAGACUUGAUGAUGCCCCAAACGAUCGAACUGGAGGCACUGAUCACACUAUCUCCGACCCAGCCAUCGGCCAGGGAGAAGUGGGUACUAGCAAUAUGACUGCCUGCCUCCCCGGUGAUGAAGAUGGCAGGGAGAUUGAGGUAGGUAUUACAACCUUUGUUGGCGGGGCCCGGGGAAAAUUCCAUGGCAUACUCAAAAAGAGAUAUACCGACUUCAUGGUCAACGAAAUCCUACCCAACGGCCGUGUCUUGCACUUGCAGAGCUUGAGCGCCAAAGCAGCAGGGACUAGUGGAAUGGCCAGCAAUCAAGGCACACGCUCAAACAGGCAGAGUGAAGCUCAAGAACAAGACUGCGUUCCAAGUCACAAAGACGACAAGCCCAUCGUUGAGACCAGUGAGAAGGUCGCGGAAUCGGCGGGCGUAUCUGAUAACAAGUCAGCAGAAGAAAGGCCAGAGGUAUCAGAGGACGACCGGGCCAAGCUUGUAGAAUAUUUCAAUGAGGAGGCUGUCCAACAACUACUGGCCUUGUACACCUCUAUUCUGAAGGAUCCCAAGAAAAAGCCAAGUGAACAUGAGACAGUCCGGACGUCAUUUACCACAGACCGGAGUGUCCGGUCUCAGAUCCAUCAGGAUAUCCGGCGGAUCUUCUACGGCAAGAUCGACUCAUCUACUGACAAGGACGGCACGUUGGUUCUGCGAGCGGUAGGCCUCAACAACCGCAAUCGGGGAUGGGGCAAACCUGACGGCGAAGGCAAAGCCCGACCAGGAAAGCUCGGUUGGUUGGACCGCGGCGGGGAGUAUCUCCACUUCACACUCUAUAAGGAAAACAAGGACACCCUAGAGGCGGUAUCCUUCAUCUCGAACCAGCUCAAAACGACAAAUAAAACGUUUCAAUUCGCCGGGACCAAAGACCGGCGAGCGGUGACGGUGCAGCGAGUUAGUGCCUAUCGCAUCGAAGCUCCGCGGUUGGCAGGACUCAACCGAAUUUUGCGUUUUUCGGCAGUCGGAGACUUUGAAUACCAAAAGCACGGCCUGGAACUCGGAGAUCUGAGUGGAAACGAGUUUGUUGUCACGCUAAGAGACUGCUCUAUCGAGGGUGCUGAAAGCGCCGCAACCACAUCCGACAGGGUGUCUUUAGCCCGCUCAUAUCUAGGUCAAUCACUACAAGGGCUGCGAGAAAAGGGGUUUCUGAACUAUUACGGCCUGCAACGAUUCGGCACUUUUGCCACUCGCACAGAUGCCGUAGGAGUGAAAAUACUGCAAGGGGACUACGAGGGUGCGUGUAACGGCAUUCUCCAGUUUUCUCCGGUCGCCCUGGCCGCGGCAAACGCUGGGGACUCUGAUACCAUGGUUGGCCAAGACGACCGUGCGCGCGCCGAGGGCAUCAACAUCUGGAGGACGACUGGCAAUGUCAACGAAGCCCUAGACAGGAUCCCCCGCAAGUUCUCCGCGGAGCGGGCCCUGAUCCGGGAACUGGGCCGGCAGCCACAGAACUUCCUCGGCGCGUUGUCGGCCAUACAGCGGAACCUGAGGCUGAUGUACGUCCAUGCGUACCAGUCUUUGGUGUGGAAUCUGGCCGUGGGCGAACGCUGGCGUCUUUACGGCGACACUGUCGUGGAAGGAGACCUGGUUCUAGUCCAGGAGCACAAGGACAAAGAGGCCACUGUGGAGGUGGAGCCAACUGUCGAUGCUGACGGAGAAGUCGUCAUCCAACCAGCUCAGGAUGAUCGCGCAAAAGACCCUGAUGACAUCUACGAGCGGGCCAGAGCCCUGACGGCAGAAGAGGCCGCGAGCGGAGAGUACUCGAUCUUUGACGUCGUCUUGCCCCUUCCGGGCUUCGACGUGAUAUACCCGGCGAAUGCCAGCGGCGAGUGGUACAAGACAUUUAUGGGCAGUGAAGCGGGCGGUCGGCUUGACCCGCACGACAUGCGGCGCAAGCAGAGGGACUUCAGUCUAAGUGGCGGCUAUCGGAAGAUUCUCGCUCGGAUCGGCGCAGACUACGACCUCCAGGUGCACGAAUACAGAAACGACUCCGAGCAGUUCGUUCAGACGGAUCUAGAGCGGAUCAAAGCGGAGCGUGGGGCUAAGCAGAAGGAUGGCGGCGAGACCGGCCAAGAGCAGAAGCAGGAUCAAGAUCAAGGUCAAGAUCAGACCUCGACCUUGCCCACAGACACCAGCGACGUCGAGCCGAAGCUUGCUGCCGUGCUCAAGUUCCAACUCGGCGCGAGCCAGUACGCAACCGUGGCCAUGCGAGAGUUGUCUCGCGGUGGUAUUCGAGCUUACAAGCCGGAGUUCAUGGGCGGGAGGUAGGCCAAGCCUGUGACUGGACAAGAAGUGGAUAGCAUAGUGUUCAGACUUUGGCCCAGAUGAAUAGAUGGGCGCUGCAGAGCUCUAGAUCUAGCUGGAUCGUUUGGUCCUUCUCAAGUGGGAUGGUCCAUGCCGUCUAUGGAAAUAUGCCCUGACCUUUUUGAUGCCUGGACUCUCUCCCUGCUCUGCGCCCCGUGACUUCAUCACAAAUACACCGAACCCAUACUUGGGUGUGGCUAACCAAGCCUAACGGAUGGACCCGAAGUCAAUCUUGAUAGGGCAUGGGGGACCAGCUCCCUCGAGCAUGACCAAUGCCGGCACCACAAGCAAGGGCUCCUCCCCUUCACGCCUCGCACAGCUGUGAAGAGCGGGCCGUAAACAUAAAAGGACGACACUGCCCUCUGUAGGGUUCGAUGCGUCAUCUUCGUGCGCAGAUUCCAUCCAGGUACUGUCGAACGGAGCCUGGUGGGUCGCCCAACGGAAGGUGUAUGGACAUUGGCUUUGCUCCAGCCUAAGUCUGAGUUCUAGAGCCUCUUGGAAGGCCCCAAGUACCUUGAUUUGCCAGUCUUUCAUAUGUACGUCUCGC